UGAGAUAUAAGCUGAACAAAAGACUUAUUGGAGGUGACACAGUACAGGAGAGAAUUUGUAAGAGUCUUCUGCACCUGAUUUUGGAAUAUUAAGCGUUUUUUGGUAUUUACCAAAACGCGUCUUGUACGGAUACAAGUUUCGGAGUGGACAUCCAAUAUGCUACGUCAGCUACCCACAUUCAUCAUCCUCGCCUGUCUUCUACCUGGAGUUAACGGGAGGAAUUCAGAUGCUGAGUAUUUGGAAGAGGGUGGAUUUGACGCCGGCCGUGAUGACAUUGUGGAGGCGGGCGACUUUAUUCUCGAAGAUCCUGACGAUAUGAAUGAUAUUGACGCAGAGCUGGAGAUUUUGCCUGCCGAUAUCAGCCAUCCUGACAUUAUCAGCACAGUUAUCUCUGAGAUUGAGAGUUUUCGCGAUCAAACAAAUAGCCAGUCCGAUGUCGAUAGGGAGAACGCACUGGCCGAAGUUGAUCUGGCGGCAAAGCUGCUGGAAAUGGAAGAAGCAGACCGCGACUCGCGUGCCCACGUGUUCAGCUUGGAAAAUGGCAUCAUAAGAGAAGAGAUGCUGCCCGAGUUAUCAGAAGAAGACGACGACGGUGAGCUGAGUGGGGAAUUUAACAAUAUCAAUGAUGACCUUGAACUGGAAGACGAUAACGAUGAUUACGACCUUGCUGAUGAAGACCUAAACAGUGGAGAGAAUUCCGGCAUAGAGGCUUUACUGACGUCUCCUUCACAUUUUAUCGAACCUGAUUAUGACAUCGUCGUAAACAAACGGUACGGCCGCGGUUUACCGGCCAUUGUGGACAUCCUGGCGGUUCUCGACUACUCCCUCUACCGGAAGUUCCUGGAACGACAUGGCAAUAACAAGAUGAAGACGAUGAGGGGGAUUCGGAAGUACUACACCAUCAUGGUUGCCAUGGCAAAUGAGAGAUAUUCAACCAUACGUGUGCCUGGCAUGGCGAUUCAGCUGGUGUUGACUAACAUUGUUGUAUCUAACGAUCCCUCCGACUCUUCGUGGGUUGAGAGUAUUGUUCAGUUUAAGAACAAGAAACCAGUCGUCAGUGGUGUCACUGCACUCAAGAAAUUUCAGAAGUGGUUGGUGAAGAACAAGGAUUUACCGUCGUACGAUCAUGCUAUUGCCUUCACCGGCUACGAUAUGCUUGUCCACAGGGCUUCACCGGCUUCAGGUCUUGCUCACCUGGCGGGAAUGUGUAAUACAGCUUUAGGGCUGUCCUCAUCUAUCAUCGUGGAUCACGCCGAUUACCGCUCUGCUUACGUCAUCGCGCAUGAGCUGGGUCACAGCCUUGGCGCUUCUCAUGAUGGGCAAGGGAAGAACCAUAGAUGUCCGGUCUCUCACAACUACGUCAUGUCUCCAAAAGCUGUAUAUGCUAAAAGUACCUUCAAAAACAUCUACACCUUCUCCACGUGCUCUCUCACCCAAAUGAGGACAUUCCUGAGGUCACCAGCCGCCACAUGCCUGUACAACAAGGCCACGCCCCUUAGUAACUACGACAUAAGUAAAACUCCACCCGGCCAGCUAUUCAGUGGUGACGCUCAGUGUAAGAUGGUCUUUGGAAAACGGUCUGGCCUAUGCGGAGAGCCAAGUCUGCAGAAGACUAUGUGUGAGAGGUUAUGGUGUGCAGUCCCGGAGGACCGGACGCGCUGCCGCACAAACGACCUGCUUUAUGCCCUACCCGGAACCGCUUGUGGCCUUAAUAAGCACUGUGAUCGCCUGGCAUGCGUGACAUCACAGUCGGUGAUACUUCGGCCGGUCGCGUCCUCGAAGUGGUCAUCAAGUAAACCAUCUUCGCCUUCUGGAGUAAAAAACUCCAGUCCGUUUAAAGGACGACAGCAAGCCAGACACCGGCCUCGUUAUAGGAGCCUGAAGGGUCGGUGUCGUGAUAGGAAGAUUCGCCAGUGUGACGCGGUAAUCCGAGCCAAGCCGAGUCUUUGCCGCCGAAGACGUGUGCAGAGGUCAUGCUGCCAGGCGUGUCGGCGUUACUACACACCUUCCUGAACAUUCACAGCACAUCAUGAAUUGUUGACGUCAUCAUAAAAUUCGUUGCACCGAGUCUGCAAAUCUGCUAGAACUCACAUGCUUAUAGCUAUGAUUCUAGUCACGGCGUUCAUUUAACCGUCUCGUGAAAUUUGAACCGCAGCAUCUCAUUUAAUUGUAUUGUACGAGAGUGUUUUGGGAUCUUUUUAAGUCAACACUGUAAAGUAUGGCAGUGUCUGUGGGUCUUUGAGUAGCAACAGUGUUUUAGGGACUUUUUAUUUCAGUAUUGUCAAUUGGGCCAUGUUAAUAUUAUAUUGUUGUUUGUCCAUAUACAUUGAUAUUUCCUGUUAGAUACACUAUUGUAUUAAAUCAUAUACCUAUAAUAUUUGGAUGCGAAUGCUUACACAGAUGGAAAAUAAUGUUCAAUGUAGAAAUGUGACCGGUGGCUAGGCUAACAAAUAUAGAAAAAAUGGGAAUUAAUUUUCGGGGAUUUAAUCAAAGCAAUUCUGAAAAAAGUUCUUACUACUAUUUUGUUGUGUUAUGCCCAGAAUCACCAUGUAAGAUUGCUUUUGCACCUACCCUGAACAGUAUUCAAAGAGAUGUCACUUUUUUUCGCAUCUUUGAUGAGCAAGUUUAAUAAACAACCAGAAUUUCAGUCCCAGUCAUUAAUUCUUGAUUUACACAGUCAAGCAACACGGUCAGUUUUGGAUUAUUUUCAAUUUUAUUCGCCCUCUGUAUCCGGUCAGAAACCGCUAGCAUUGCCGUAAUUGUCAGACGGCCAUUGCGUUGUUGUACAGUUCACAAAUUGCCAGAAGCUCACUCAUUGGUCAACAGGAGGGACACAGCCAGUGGGAUAGCGUGUAUAAAAGCGACAUUCAUUGGAGGCUAUCACGUGGCUGUUUUACUUUUCUUUCACUUUACUGCCAUCCCAAAGAUUGAUCAAACUAAUGACAAAUGAACUCCCGCUUUGUUUUACCUCCACCAAACCCUAUUACAAAAGUUUAUGUACAUAUAUUUUUUUCUCCAUGCUGUUAAAAUUUAGAUGCCCUCCAGGAUUUAUCCUAACUCCUGUCAGUCCGGCAAAGAUUUGGCUGUGUUUGGUAUAAAACCCUUCCGCCUUGCGCCAUGAAUCAACGCUUUUCCUGAGGCCCAAAUCAUCUGGAAACUUGAAUAAAACUAACCCCAGGGUUCUUCAGUGACCUAUUUUUAUAACCCUAUGCAGAACAGCAAACCAUUUCGUGAAGAAAUUCGACAUGGGUUGUUGUUACUUGUGUGACUUUUUAACACUAAAUUAAAAGGCAAGCUCUGACAGCUCGUAAAGGGUGGACUUGUAUGACGUCAUUCGGCGGUGACUACCGAGUAUUGGCGGAAAAAAUGCAUAAACCCAGCCUCAUUAUCCAGUGAUUUUAUUCUCAUAUUACUCAGAUUACUGUGCUUUAUUCCAAUAUUUUUUUACACUCAAUUUAACAAUAUAUACUGGGGUAGCUAAUUAUGAAUAAAUAACCAGUCUGGACACUAAUCCUUUAACAGUUAAGCAGCUCUAUUUUGCUUUCUCGUGGGAUACGGAUAUCGAGCACCAGGAAGACUAUCUAAGAUAGGACACUUAAACAAGAAAGCUAGAAAUUAAAGAUACAUUCUUUCUUUGUUUUGUUUUUCUCAUCAGCAUGAUUUAAGUUAAUUCAUAUCUACUUCUUUUGUGGGUACAGCUCGUUAACUGCCAACUUUUUUUUACACUUUCAAAAAUAACAGAUGAGAUUGGUACAAGAAUCACUGUUCUCAGUUACGCAUUUAAUCAAUUUAUUGUUUGUAUUUUGUUCUUGACUGUAUGUUAGUACUGAAAUGAUUAGUCAUAGCUUCUGAUCGUUUCUGCAUGUACAUGUAUACAUAUACAAAGGUUUUGAACGGUUUUUGUUUAUUCAUUGUAUUAUUA